AUGCUGACCGUCCUUUCUUGUCAUUCUCUAGCCAUCAUCGCAGACAUAGGUGUAUCAUACCAGACGCACCUUGUGCAUCCCAGGGGACUCAUCAACCGUGGAAACCUGUGUUUUAUCAACGCGAUUCUCCAGCCUCUGUUACACACCGCACCAUUCUACAAUGCGUUCCGAAAGCUGUUGCUGGAAACUACGCCCAAGAUGAUCACCUCUGCACCGUUGCUGGAUGCCAUGCUGAGAUUCUGGGCUGAAUUCCACGAGGACACCCCCGGAUCCAAACUCCAGCUCACCGAAGGCGACGACCCGACGGCCUUUGCGCCCGAGUACGUGUAUACCGCGGUCAGGAAACUCAGGAAAAUCGACGCCCAGCAGAAGGGGCGUCAAGAAGAUGCUGAGGAAUUUCUGGGAUUCAUUAUAGACGGCUUACAUGAGGAGCUGGUGUCGCUCCAAAAGGAAGAGGGGAGUGCGGAGGCGAAGAGCCCCGACUCGGACGGGAGUUGGGUGGAGGUAGGGAAGACGGGAAAAAAUCUCGUCACGCGGAACGUGCGUGUGGAGACAAGUCCAGUGAAUGCGAUCUUUGGGGGCCGCCUACGAUCCGUAGUAAAGUGUCCUGGGCGGAAGGACAGCGUGACUACCGAACCAUUCCAGGCGCUUCAGCUGGACAUUGCGCCCAAUCAUGUCCAUACAAUAUCGGACGCAUUACAACACCUCCAUGCCCUGGAGACCCUGGAGGGCUUCACAUCCCCCACGAAAUCAAACCGGCUUGGGACAGCAACGAAGCAGAAUUUCUUGGAAGUCCUACCCCCCGUGUUGAUUCUGCACUUGAAGCGUUUUGUAUAUGAUGCUGAUAAGGGGGUUGGGAAGCUGGGGAAGUUCGUGGGGUACGAUUCUGUUCUCAGGAUACCAACUGAACUCAUGCCCGCCCCCCUGCGGCCAACUGCAAAACACAUCGAGUACCGACUCACCGCCGUCGUCUACCACCACGGCGCCCACGCCGCGGGAGGCCACUACACGUGCGACGUCUCGCGCCAGGCCGGCGGGGAGUGGCUGCGGGUCGACGAUGCGGCGGUCGGGAGCGUGCCGGAACGCGAGGUCGUCGGCCGCAAAGAGGGUCGGGACGCCUAUCUGCUGUUCUACACGCGGACGUGA